CAUUAAUUCCUCAUUCCUGCAUGCGCUGUUGUCGGCGAGUGUAUAUAAUGCGAAAAUCAUUGUUUCUGACUCUUUGAAACACGUUUUUAUAGGUUAUUCCUUACAAAAUGGCCGCAAAUUACUUCGGAUUCACUUCAGGAGGGAACAAUCAACAAUAUAACAUUGGUACCACUGGAAACUACGGUGGUAAUUAUGGAAUACAACAGCAGCAGCAACCAGCACAAAAUAACUAUAUGCAACCACCAAGAGCCAUCCAGCCACCACAACAACAAACAUACGUAGCUUAUGGACACCCAACUGCAUCUGGAGGAGCAUCUGUCCCAUCUACAUCUUAUCCCAACACAUACAGUUAUCAAAGUCAACAACAGCAACAACAACAACAACAGCAAACUGGAUUCAACAAGCCAGCUGUUCAACAAAGCAAUCAACAUCAAUAUUAUCAACAACAACAACAACCAAGAAACCCACCCACACAAACCAACACUGCCAAUUCAUCAACUGCCUAUUUCACAAACAACAAUACUCAAAAUAGCGCAAUGCAGAUUAAACAGCCAGCACCCCAGCCAGUGUAUAACCAACCCAGCCCUCCUGUUACAUCUAAUUUCAACCAACGACAGAGCCAACAAUCACAACAAAACAUAUCUAACUAUGAGAAAGCUCUCAUCAACGCUGCUUCAUCAAUCUACCAACAACAUUCAACACCAACUGGUGUAACAGGGGGAGGGGGAGCAUCUAAUCUAAGUGCUGCCUAUAUAAAGCAACUACCUUACUGGAAACAGAAGAGGUUACAGCAAGUCAAAGACCCCAACAAACCAAUUGUAGCAACUGAAGUCAAAGCAUAUCUCUAUGCUUGGUUAAGUAAGAAGAAAGCUCGUCCCGAUUACAACAUUACUGCACAUGGUAGUCACCCGUACAGGCAAACCUAUGUGUGCGAGAUCGUUGUACACGGAUAUGAUUAUGUAGCCAAGGGAAGCGCUGGAAACAAGAAAGAUUCGCAAACAAGGGCCGCGUGGGAUUUCUGUGACUACCUGGUUCGUGAGAAACUAAUGACAGAAUCUGAACUUCCAAUUAGAGAUGCCAAGUUUGCGGCAACCAACAACAAGAUGCCAGCUUCAUAUAAACCACAAAGUUACCAGGAAACCAAAGUAGGCAUCGCAAUGAAGAAAGCUCUAUCUAAUAAAGUCAACUUUGUUGGUGGUAAUACUCUUCAUUUAUCCGGAGGGGUAAAUACAGUUAUUAAAAGCACCCCCACUGCCUACCCACCCAUCACCAGCACCUCUACCCCUACCUUCAAAGCCCCCACCCCCGCAAAUGUACCCCUAAUGCCCCCGCCCCCUGCCCCGCCUGUCAUGAAACCCAUAUGCCAGGAAACAAUCAAAGAAGAAAUCAAAGAUUCUGCAGAAAUAGAAAGUAAAAAUGCUCCAGUAGGGGAGGAUUAUGUAACACAAGUAUGGACGGACGGUCGGGUUAUAAGGUAUCGGUGUAAAUUAUGUGAAUGUGAGUUUAAUGAUCCGUCUGCAAAAGCUCUUCAUAUAAGAGGAAGAAGGCACAGGCUUUCUUAUAAGAAAAAAGUUGAUCCAAAUAUAGAAGUUGAAGUGAAACUGAAUCCUAAACAAAAAAGCUUGAUGGAAAUGAAAAUGAGAAUGGAAGCAAAAAAAGAGGCAGCGAUGGAGCAACAGAAGAAGAGGAUGGAAUGGCAGAUGGAGAUGAGGAAGCGGGAGGAAGAAGACAUCAGGCUUUAUGAGCAAGAGCUUUACUAUCGAUACAAGGAAGAACUGUCUUUAUUUGAAGAAGAAGUUUCAUAUUGUCGUUUAUCUGGCACCCCUGUCCCCCCAUACCUUGCACCACCGAAUAAACCACAUUUGAAAUUUUUUCGGCCAAAUGAUGCAAAUGGGAAUGAGGGUCAGCUUUCACGGGAUGACCAGCUUAUCAUGAAGAAGCAUAAGAACAUUUACCCAACACCAGAAGAACUGGAGGCAGUACAAAGUACUGUGCAGACGGUAGAAACUGCCUUCAAGGAUGUGUCGCGUACAAUUCAUGAACAAGAGAUGAAAGUAUUUGCUGCCUCACACGGAACUCGUAAAAGAGCGCAACCUCAGCGAUUGAUCACUGCUGUUGUAAGAGUCGGUGAACUUUCUAAAGGUUUACUACUCACUGGUGACCUGCAUGUAGCAUUGGUCCUUAUGUGCAAUGUCAAACCAACCAAAACAAUGUUGAACAGGGUGGCUGGUCAUCUACCCAAGCAACUAGGGAAUGUAAGUGAUGAAAACUUUGUGAUGAAAAUCAUGGUUGAAGACGCUGCUAUUCUCCUUGCUACCAAAUCUGUCCCAGUGGUCACCAUUCGCAUCACUCUUACAUCCACAUCAAUGAGAAACCCAUGUCCGGAUGCAGAAGAGAGCGCAACAAAGAAUAAGAAGCCAGACCCACCAGACAUUUUGGAUUCAGACAAAUGCUGCGACGCACUGGCCGCGCUCCGUCGCGCCAAGUGGUUCCAGGCUAAAGUGACCCCAUACCAUUCUUGCCUUGUGAUUUGUCGGAUCUUUAAAGAUUUUGCAACUCGCUACAAUCAGUUGGUUCCUUUGAAAAGUUGGGCGAUUGAGCUUCUUACUGAGCGUUCCUACACAAGUGCGACGUCAACCUUGUCUCCAACAAGUUGCUUACAGCGCGUCCUUGAAGUUCUUUCCAUGGGUGUUUUGCUGCCUGAUGGUCCUGGUAUUCGAGAUCCUUGUGAAAAAGAACCCACAGAUGCUGCUGGUAACUUAAGUCUCCAACAAAGGGAAGACAUUACAACAUUGGCUCAGCGGCUUUUGCGAUUGGUAACUUUUGGCAAAAUGUUUAAAAUUCUUGACCUUAAAUAUGAGCCAAAGCCGCAAGUGCAAAAACGAAGUGCAGAAAAUGGGGAGUUUGACAAUACAGGAGUAAAGAAGAUUAAAGUUGAAAUGCAUUAAUUUCACACAUCUGCUUCAAUUUAACUGAUGUGUAGUAAAUUUGACAAUUUUGAGAACUGUUCUCAUUCUGAAUUGAUAUUAUUUCAAAUUGCGCAAGUAACACGAGCUUUGCAUGGAAAAUAAAGCCAAAUUCGUUAUAGUUGCAA